AUGUCCAAACGAACACUGCCGCUGUGGCUGCGGGCCGGCAAGAGCGAUGCAGAUCUGAAGAAGAAUGUAGAGUGCGCCGUCGUGGUAGAGCCGUUAAAUGAAAACAACAAACCAGCGGUACCAGCGCCGGCUGCGCCGGAAGAGGAACCACCGAAGCGACGCUUGCGAAGCAACUACCAGGUGGAGGAAAGCAAGCAGCCCGACCUGCGGGUAGAAUAUCUCCCGUUCGUCAGCUAUACCGGGGCGAUCGAGUACUACACCACCUUCCAGGAUGUCGCGUUCAGCUGCGACCAGAUGAUGCAGUGGGUGGAACAGCAGCAGGAGGACCGGCCGAUCCCGAUCGCUUUCGAUCUCGAGUGGCCGUUCAGCUUCCAGACCGGCCCGGGCCGGACGGCACUGAUGCAGCUGUGCGCCGCCCCCGACCGGUGCCUGCUGCUGCAGCUCUCCUGCCUGCAGAAGCUGCCCGCCGCCCUGUUGCAGCUGCUCUACCAUCCGCGCGUCCUGCUGCACGGCGUCAACGUGAAGAACGACUUCCGCAAGCUGGCCCGCGACUUCCCGGCGGUGAGCGCGGACCUGCUGAUCGAGCGGUGCGUCGAGCUCGGCCAGUGGUACAACCGGCUGCACGGCACGACCGGCAUCUGGAGCCUGGCGCGGCUGGUCGAGCAGGUGCUGCGGCAGCGCGUCAGCAAGGACAAGCGGGUCCGGAUGAGCAAAUGGAACGUGCUGCCGCUGUCCGACGACCAGAAGCUGUACGCGGCGAUCGAUGUUUAUGUUGGCCAGUUGCUGUACAUGAAGCUGGCGGAGAGGCAGCGCCAGCAGGAGGAUGCUGAAAACAGUGCGCCGGAAGUGAGCCCGGAGAUCGAGCGGAAGGAGAAUUAACGUCCACGGUAGCAGCCCCGCAACACGCACAAGACGCUACACCGACUGCCCAGGACUGCCGUGAGAGAGAGAGGACACAGAAAUCUCAACCCAAAAAACACACUCAUCCUUGCCGCACCAUGUCCCGCCUGGUGCACGUGCUGCGGGCCGGACGACUGCCCUACCAGCGGGCCCUGAAGCUACAGCAAACGAUUGCCAGCCAGCUGCAGCAGCAGCAGCAGAACGCCUCACCAUCACCACCCUAUCGCCACGUGCUGAUACUGACCGAGCACGAGCCCGUCUACACGAUAGGCAUCCGGACGCGCGGCUACGACGAGACGGAGGAGAACAGGCUGCGCGCGCUCGGGGCCGACUUCGUGCGCACCAACCGGGGCGGGCUGAUCACGUUCCACGGACCGGGGCAGCUGGUCGCGUACCCGAUACUGGACCUGAAGCACUUCCAGCCGAGCGUUCGCUGGUACGUGUGCCAUCUCGAGCGCACCGUGAUCGAGCUGUGCCGGCGGUACGGGCUGCGGACCGGCACGACGGCCGACACGGGCGUCUGGAUCGGCGACCGGAAGAUCUGCGCACUGGGCAUACACGCGAGCCGGUACGUGACGACGCACGGGCUCGCCCUCAACUGUGACGUCGAUCUGGGCUGGUUCGGGCACAUCGUACCGUGCGGGCUGGUCGGCAAAUCGGUGACCUCGCUCGCGCACGAACUCGGGAACCGGCCGGACCUGGGGGUGGACAGUGUGGCGGACGGGUUGCUGGAGUGCUUUCGCGCAACGUUCGAGUGCGAGCUGGACGAGCUGGAUGCGGGCAGCCGGACGAAGCUGCUCGAAGGGAUUUAACCAGGACGAACCAGGGAUUGUUGGGGAGUUGACUCAGGAAGCAAUGUGUUGCCGUAAGGGAGGAGUGUUUUAAUGCUUUGAAAAAUGUUUAGAAUACAGUCCGAGUUGUUUUGAUAUGU